CACGCCGGUAACUAGCCUUUUCCUGGUGUAGUGGCCCCCUGCCUAGCCAGCCACAGCAGGGCGCGGCCCUAAGGGAGUCUGGCACCAGGGAGUGGGGCGUGGGCGUGGGACGGCCCCAGCGGGACGCCCACUCCCACCUGAUCCAAAAAACCCACAAGAUGGCAGAUGAUCAGCAGUUUUGCUUGCGAUGGAAUGAGUUCCAGAGCAACAUGGUAUCCUCCUUCAAACAUCUACGUGAGGAGAAGAGUUUCACAGAUGUGACUCUGGCCUGUGAUGGACAAACCUGCAAGGCACACAAGAUGGUGCUGUCUGCAUGUUCCCCAUAUUUCAAGGCCUUGCUAGAGGAUGUUGAAAUGACUCGGUCCUAUCAGCCAGAAAAUCCCUCCAAACAUCCAAUAAUCAUCCUGAAAGAUGUGCCCUUCAGCCACUUGCAAGCAAUCUUGGAGUACAUGUAUGCAGGAGAGGUCAAUGUAGCCCAGGCAGACCUUCCUAAUUUUCUCAAGACAGCAGAGCGACUCAAGGUUAAGGGCUUGGCUGAAGUCAACCAAAAUGAGCGGCAAGACCGCUGAAAUACUGCCCAGGUCGAGGGAGGCUUGGGAAACAGUUUGUCGGAGAAGCCAAAGCCACUUCUGCCUCCUCCACCAGCCUUCUCUUGCUGCUGACCCUACCCCUCCCACCCACCCCUCCACCCAUUACAUACCCGAGACAAUUUACUAGCCUAUCUUCCUCUAAGUAUUCUGUUUCUACUCUCUCUCUCUCUCUCUCUCUCUCUCUCUCUCUCUCUCUCUCUCUCUCUCUCUCUCUCUCUCUCUCUCUCUCUCUCUCUCUCUCUCUCUCUCUCUCUCUCUCUCUCAACCAAAAGACAUUACUAUUAUUAUCCUGCUGCUCAGGUCUGUGAUGUAGCUUUCAUAUUAUUGCAUCACCACCAACUUAGAAGAGCUGAAAAAUUACAGACUGUCACAUCUCCUUGCCUUUCCCUUUGCUUAGGCUGUCCUGUUUUCAGCCUAUGACAGCCUAUAACACAGACCACAAACACGUUCAUGCUAGCUUGUGAGGAGGAAUGUAAUCCUCCAGUUAUCCAGAUACUAUCCAGCCACAACUGAGGCAAGGUUGUAAAGUCUGGGAGUAAUUAUUAAUUCUUGUAAAUAGGUACUAUUGGUAUCCAUAUUUUUACUGUAAACAUCCAAUCCAGCUGGUUGUCAUAAUCUCUGAAAUGAUCUCUUAUGGCAUUACAGAUGCAUUGGGGGAUACAUGAAGCAAUGUAGUAAAAUAUUCUUAACCUGUGCUGGUGUCUUGGGAGUCAUUGAAUGUUUUUUUUUUUUUUUUUUCCUAUGACAUAUAUUAUCAGUAUUUUUCUGUGUAAAGGAUCUUGUCCCUGGUAUGAUACAGCCUAUGAGAAUACUAUUGUCUGUAAGGUUACUCUGGGUUAUCAGUAUAAUUUUGGAACAUUCCUUAUUUUUUGCUAUUGAUUUGAACCUUCCCUGUCUUAGUUAUUUUCUUCUCAUGUCUCCAUUUUGAUAAUCUAUUUAUGUUUUCUCACUGAGCAAUUAGUAACCAUAAGGCAUCAGCUCCUGCAGAUACUGUAUUUAAAAGUAGCCUUAAAUACUUGUAGUUAGGUCAAACUUCAUGUCACUAAAUUUAUCCAGGAGGGGAUACUUGCUGCUCACCACUCCUUUAUGACUGUCCCUACUUCUCAUAUACAGUAAACUCUCAGUUUAUCAGACUAAUUGGGGGUAAGUCACUGACAAUAAAGGCAAAAAUCCCCCCCAAAAAAUGACGUUCGGUUUUCCCCCCUCACACCGAACUUUGUUUGGUAUACGAGGGGGGAGUUCAUUAUACAGAAAUUAACCUCAGAUAAUAUAAAUAUUGGUAACUCAUGCACCGAUGUAACAUGUAUAGCAUAUACUUUAUUUUGGCAUAAAUAACAAAUCUUAUGGAAAAAUGUUUUUAUUGUGUUUAAGUAAACUACAUUACAAACAAACAAACAAGUAAGCAAAAUUACAUACAUACUAUGCAUACAUACAUACAUACAUACAUAUGGGUGCAACAGCCCUCCACUUCAACUGCCAUUGGGAGACUGAGGCCGAGGAAGUGAGAGUUGCCAGGUCACAGACUGUUUUCCUCUCCACUCUUACCUGAAAAACAGCCCAAAACCUGCCCACCCCACCAUCAGGAACCACCCAAAAUGAGUUGAAUGUUUUAUUAAUAGCAAAUAAGUUAUGUCACAUAGAAAAUGGAGAAGUACUUUAUAUAUAUAUAUAUAUAUAUAUAUAUAUAUAUAUAUAUAUAUAUAUAUAUAUAUAUAUAUAUAUAUAUAUAUAUAUAUAUAUAUAUAUAUAUAUAUAUAUAUAUAUAUAUAUAUAUAUACACACACACACACACACACACACACACACACACACACACACACACGUCUACAUAAAACAACCCAGUUGGAGGGGAAAAUAGCUCACCUGGCAACCCUGUGAGUGUGGGUGUGGUGUGCACUCACCACCAUCACCUGCACCCUCCCUCCCUCCCCCACCCUCACUCACUUCCUACUGCUGUUGCUGCUGACAGAAUGUUCCACCUCAUUUAUUGAUCUGUGUUCAGUAAAUCAGAGAGAUGAUUGGUAGGUCAUAUGUUCAAUAAAUGCGAAAUCUGCAAUAACAGGGUUUGAUAUAAUGAGGGUUUACCGUAUAUGUAUGUAUGUAUGUAUGUAUGGGACUAUCUUGCAUCUGUUUAUUUAGGUUUAAUACAUAUAUUAAUUAAAUAUCAAUUCAGGUUUAGAUUUUAUGUUCUGCUCAAGACAUGAAGCAUUGGGUACAGACUGUUCAGCGUGUCUCACAAUACUGCAGUUCCAUCAUGUGGGCCCAUGUUUCAGUUAUGGCUCCCAUGCAGACAACAGGACAGCCUUAAAUUGGUCUGAAAUUCAAACAUUUUCUCCUUGUAUCUGAGGUGUGUUAGUGAUGUGUCUUGAAGACCUAAUUCUUUGGACAGUUUACUGCUUAUCAAAUCUUUCAUGAAUUGUCAGUUAAAAUACUGAACAUGGGUUGCUAUCACCCCGUUCUUGAUGUGAUAUAUUGACAACCAUGUUCUGUGCUCAAAGAGGCUUUAUUUUACAUAUAAUUAGUGACUCCAUUUUUCUUGUAGAACUGUUCUUGGUGAGGCAGUCUGUUAGACUCCUCCAUGAUGUAAAAUGAGGUUGGUUAUCACCAAAUGUAGUCUGGUGUGUUGUUGUUAUUGUAGAUUAUUGACGGCAGUGAGGAGGGGCACUGUACCUAACCCCACCUAGCCUGUAAAAUUUUGGAAUGAUGGAAUAGAUAAACCCAAAGGUAUUGUGCUGGCACUGCUCAUCAAAGCCCAACCAUAACCAGCCCAGUGGUCACCCACACUCCCAUCCCCAGCCAGAGCCCUUAUGGAGGAGCGGGGAGGUAGGUCAGAGGUGGCCUUACAACCAACGCUGCCACACCCCACCCUGGCCUACCAGCCUAUAUAAACUCAGGCCACCACAACACACAGUAAACCCCACCAAGAGCAGUGUUACCAGCGUGGACUGGAUCAGACAUUUCAUAUUUGUAAUUUAUUAAUUUAUUUCUUAAAAGUAAGUUUAAUUUUUCAACAGCAAUUGUCAGCUAAAGCCGUUUCUUGGAUCAUAGAGUCUGACUUCAAACCUUGUCAGGUGGAACCAAGACGUAAUGGCAUCCAGCAAUGUGCCUCUGAGUCAUUACGGCCUCAUAUUGCUACCUGGUUGUUUUUUAUAUUUAUUUGGUCAUGUAUUUGUUUAUUAUUUUUUAUUUCUUUAUUUCAUUGAAUUAUGUCUUUGGACAGUUAAAACAAAAAUUUACUUUCUCUGAAUUUCAUCAAAUGUAAGUUUUAAGUUUCUUAUUCUGGUAAAGCCAUGGAAUGCCAUUAGAAAAGUUUACAACUAAGCUUUAUUGAAGCAUGAACAUAAUUUAAACGUAUGAAAAUAUUUUACUUGUGGUUAAUCCAUGGAAUGCCAUGAGAAAACUUUACAACUAAGUUUUAUUGAAGCAUGAACAUAGUUUAAAUGUAUGAAAAUAUUUAAUUUGUUUCAAAAUUAUCUUUUUCCUUGUCAUAGGGUUAAAUAAGGCUUGUGGAAUGUGAAGAAAGUGGUGUGGCCUGGGAGCCUGUGUGUGCGUGUGCGUGUGUGUGUGGUGUGCCGCCCAACCCAGGUACCCACUCCAAAAGGUAGUAUACGCAGGGGUGUAGCUUUGUACCUAGAGUAGCAUGGAGCAGUUUUGUACAAGAAGUCAAAUAAGUUUUUAAUAAAACCUGAA